GUCCAAUAAUUACUAUAAUUAACUGUUAUUUACAUUUCAUUUGUUUAGUGUUUAGUCACCGAAGCGUUUCGGUCACCAAUAAUAAUGACUCCAUUUCGACGAUUAACAGCAAAAUUAGCUUAAAUUAUGGGGAAAGGAGUGACAGUCGGUCCAUGGCUUCGAGUCCAUUGUCGCCAUGCAUUGGACACUGCAAUACAUCCCAUUCAGACCACGGAGAAGAUAUCGAUCUCGAAGACGACAACCAAUCGGACAGUUGCUCUGAGAAGGACUCGAUUCACACUAAGAAUAAAUUAAACGGUUCCUCACGACUCAAAGACAGCUCAUCCGCUCUUCACAACAAUAAUGGUAUGAAUGGAAACCGACGGAAGAAGAAGACGAGAACUGUUUUUACCAGAAGUCAAGUCUUCCAAUUGGAGUCAACCUUUGAUAUGAAGCGAUACCUAUCGAGUUCAGAGCGGGCGGGACUCGCGGCCUCUCUUCAUCUCACAGAAACUCAAGUGAAAAUAUGGUUUCAGAAUCGGCGAAAUAAAUGGAAACGUCAAUUGGCCGCUGAGUUGGAGGCGGCGAAUAUGGCUCACGCGGCCGCUCAACGCAUUCGAGCCGUUCCUAUCCUAUACCACACAAGUGGUGGACAUCCCGGACAUCACACACACACUCACGACACUAACGGCAACCCAAACACAUCCGCAAACGGCUCUGGUCUCAGCAGUUCUGGUCACGCGGACAACGCGGCCGCCUCUCUUCAGGCGGCCCUCUCUUCAUACUAUUAUCAUCCCUCACAUCACUCAUCGGCCGCGGCUUUCAUAUCAUCCGGAAGUCACAUGAACUCAGCUGUGGCUUCAGCGGCGACGGCCGGUGCCAUACGAACCCCAACCAUAUCUGGUUUGGUCUGAUUUUAGCAAUUUAUUUGAAAUAUAUAUACAGUAUUGUAUAUCUCUAUGCGUUUUUUGUAUAAUCUUUUAGCUAUUUGUACAUAAGAUUAAUGAACAAAACAAAAGUGUAAUUUCAAUCACAUAUUUAUUGUUUAAUAUUAAUAUCAGUGUUC